AUGAACCUGUUUGAGAAGCAGGAGAUUGAGUUUAAAUACGAAACUGAAUCAAGAAAAUCAAGCUUGUCUGAAUCUUAUUCGAAGGUCUUUGAGCGAGUGAAGAGCCCAACCUUUGAGUUUCCCUCUGAAACCCAACUAGAGGAUGGACCCUACGUGGAUUCCACUUUUAAUUUUCACUCCGACGUGAUUUUAAAACGACCCAAGGAGAUCUGCGAGUCUCCUCAGUUCAUCGUGGAUGGAGCCACACAUUUGGACAUCUGCCAAGGAGAUCUGAAUGACUGCUGGUUCUUGUCGGCGGUGGCGUCCCUCUCACUAUAUCCGUCUCUAAUGGAACGUGUUGUCCCACCGGGUCAAAGCUUUCAGCAGGGAUACAACGGCUGCUUCUUCUUUCAGUUUUGGCAGUAUGGCGAGUGGUGUAAGGUUCAAGUGGACGACCGUUUGCCCAUGCGUGAUGGCCAGCUGAUGUUUCUGAAGUCUUCAAACAAAAACGAGUUCUGGACCUCAUUGCUGGAAAAAGCUUAUGCCAAGCUGAAGGGUGGAUAUACCGCUCUGAACAUGGGUUUUUCUCACGAGGCGAUGGCGGACAUGACUGGUGGGAUUACAGAGUUCAUCCGUUUGGCGCCUUCGUCCUGCAAUCUGGGCCUUUUCAUACGCCGCCUGUUGCAGAAAGGAGCUCUCAUCAACUGCUCCACAUCCAAGGGAUCUUUUGGGGAAAAUAAUGGAUUUGGGAUUAUAAACGGUCAUGCUUAUUCUGUCACGGGUCUGGAGAUGAUACAAACUGAAACUGGUCCUGUUGAGCUGGUGCGGAUUUACAACCCGUGGGGUAAAACUGAGUGGGAGGGAGCCUGGAGUGACAAAUAUGGGAUCGAGUGGGUUAGGGUGAGCAAGGAAGAGCAGAACCGAGUGCAGAGAAAAAAUCUGGAGGAUGGGGAAUUUUGGAUGGCUCUGUCUGACUUCCAGCACAACUUUCAGGAAAUGGAGGUGUGUCACCUGAGCGAUGACACGUUGAGUGCAUGCGGCGCCAUCAAGCGCCCUUGGCACUGCACAUCGUAUCACGGAAAAUGGAUCCCUUUUCAAGAUCCACAGCAGUACAAGCUCACGCUGCUGGAGGAGGACGAUGACCCCAGUGACCCAGAGCUAACAUGCUCUUUCCUGUUGGCGCUCAUGCAAAAACAACAUCGUAACCUUCUGAUGUGUGUAGAUUUGCGGGUAUACAAGGUACAAGUGGGAUCUGAGGGUGAACCUGUGAUCCAGUUCACUAACAAACAUUUCCGGGAGGUUGUGUUGCGCGAACGCUUGGCACCUGGUCAUUACAUCAUCAUUCCUGCCACCUCAGAGACCAAUAGGACGGGAGAAUAUCUCCUGAGAGUUCUGACGGAAAAAGGAAACCCCACCGUGCCUGUUGAGAAGCCUGUAACGGAUAUAACGUCAUUCUCUGGGCCAUUGUCUCCAUGUCUGUCAGGACUGCCGUCUAUUACUGAAGCUAAAGAUCUCUUCAUGAAACACUGUACCAAGGGAUCUUUCUGUAGGCCACUGGAUCUGUAUAAUCUGCUGACGGAAGCAAUCGCAAAUGGAGUCUUUGGAGGCAGUGAGAAGAAAUUGAGUUUGGAGAUGUGCAAGAGCUUUGUGGUGCUCAUGGACAGCAAAGGAACGGGUCAUCUCGACUGGAUGGAAUUCCAGGCAUUGUGGGAAAAACUCAGACAGUGGACGUGUAUCUUCAUGAAAUUCGACAAAAACAAGAAUCACACGCUGGAGCACAAAGAAGUCCCAGACGCUCUAACAGCAGCAGGCAUAAAGGUGGAUGAUUUCAUUCUGCAGCUGAUCAGCCUGCGUUACACAGAGCCAGAUAUGACCGUCAGUUUCCCAGGAUUCCUCUUCCUGCUCCUCAAACUGGCCUGCAUGAUCAGUAAGUUUCGGUCCUUUGAUAUCAUGGAGAUGGGAAGUAUUACAAUUAAAUGCCGUCAGUUCUUGACUAUGACCAUGUACAACUGAACUCAUACCAGCUGUGGGACUCUCGCGUGGAGCUACUGUACACAACAUCUUCAUCUGGGCAUGUUCCAGCCAAGUUUACAUGUCAGGGUCUACAGUUUGAUGUAUACCACACAGCAGAUGAAAGACACAUCAUGAAUGUGCUUCACUGAAUCAUUUUACUAUGAAAAUUGGCAUCCUUAAUAUUUCUUGUUUCUGCAUGUUGACAUCAGAUUUUUUAUUAUUUUACAUUUUUUAUUUAUGCAUGUUCAUAUUAGUUACAUUUUCUUUUACAUUUUUUAUUUUUGCAUGAUGACAUCAGUUUUUAUAUACUUUUCUCAUUGACCGUUGGCUGUUUUUGAACUAUCGUAUGAUAGCCGAUAGUGUAACAAAAAUUACUUUAUCGACCGAUACCGAUUAUUGGCCGUUAUAUUGAUGCAUCUCUAGUUUUUUUUUCUUUACAUUAAAAUUUUUGCAUGAUGGUGUCAGGUUUUUUACAUUUUUCAUUUUUGCAGGUUGACAUCGGUUUUGUUUAGAGAUACACCGAUACAAAUUUCUCCAUCGAUAGGCAAUAACUCUGUGUCCGUAGUUGACGAUGUUUGAAAUUCUGAAUUCUAAAGAUUAUUCUUAACUCUUUGAAUGUUAUUAAUUCAUAUAAUGAACAUCAAACUGGUGAUGUUUCUUUACAUUUUCUUUACACAUAGCACAAAUUCAUAGCAUUUCUGGUCCUUGAUUGUCAGGAUAUAUUGACCCGGAUCAUCGCUGUAUCUUUCAAUAGCUGAUAGCGUGAAAAUUUGAUGUUAUCGACCGAUUAUUGGCCGUUAUAUCGGUGCGUCUCUAGUUUUUCUUUAUUUUAUAUCUUUGAUUUCUGCAUGUUGACAUCAGUUUUUCUUCAGAUUUAACCAAAUGUUUCUAAUUCAUGCCAUUUACACAAUUGUGAUUUUUUUACAUUUCCCUCCUUGUCUGUACCGGUGGCCUGUUCUGUUCAUAUGAAUACAUUUUCACAGCAUAUAUGA